GUUGGGAUCUCUCUGAUUCACCUUGAUUAGCAAGGCAUGUAAUUCUUAUAUAUGUGAAUACAAGGCGCCCUUCAGGUGGCGUGCAAUACACAAACCUACUUGUUUUCUUGGUAUCAGCUGCAACCUCGAUCCAUCCUCGUCCAACCCCGGCGCUCACCACCCCUGAUCUCACCUCCACUCUAUGACAACCGCCUCAGGCACCGCGUCCGCUACAAGCUCCAGCCUCACCUCCCCCACCUUGCCAUCAACCAUGAACUCCACCUCCGGCGCCCUCGUCACGGCUGCUCUGCCCGCCUCCGCCUCGCCAGCUGUGCAUGUCGCCAGCGUGCGCACCCAUGUGCCCGUCACGCUCGACCUCGCCGCCUCGAACUUCACCAAGUGGCGGAUGCUUGUCCGUGUCCUCUUCAGCAAGUAUGACUUGCUUCCCCACGUCAACGCCAUCACUGCCGCGGCGGACCGCACGCCAGACUGGACUCGCGACGACUACGUCGUUCGGUCGUGGCUCUACGGGUCCAUCUCCGACGAAAUCCUCGACAUAAUCAUGGCGGAGGAUCAAACGGCCCAGGAAGCAUGGACGCUCAUCACCAACCUUUUUCUGGACAAUCAGAUGACUCGCGCUGUUUACCUCGAGGCGGAGUUUCGAGGCCUCGUCCAAGGCGAUCUCUCCAUCACCGCUUACUGUCAUCGCCUCAAGGCCCUUUCGGAUGCUCUCAGCGACGUCGGCACACCCGUCUCCGACCAAACGCUCGUCCUCAACUGCCUCCGUGGGCUCAACCCGCGCUUCUCCGACAUCACCACGAUCGUCACUAUGCAGAGCCCCUUGCCGUCCUUCGCCCAGACGCGCUCUCUUCUCACUCUGCGCGAGACGCAGCUCGCGAACUCCACAGCCGUGGGGAACCAGACUGCGCUCUACAGCGGAGGUCCGUCCCAUGGCGCAGGCAGCUCCAACUCGUCCGGCCAACACCACGACGGCUCGGACCGCGGCGAUGGCAACCGCGGCGGCGGCAACUCCAGCGGUGGCCGCAACGGUGGCAAUUGGCGCAAGAAAAAGGGCAACGGCGGCUACAACGCGAGCGGCAACUCCGGUGGUCAACGCUCCAACACUCAUGCAUCCUCUGUUGGCCCGUGGGUUUGCUUUAACCCGUACACAGGCCAGCAACUCCAGGCGUCUCCAGUACUGAGGCAGAACACCGGGGCUGGCCUGCUCGGCGCACGGCCACCUGCGCUAGCACCCGCCCAAGCCUUCACCUCUCUGGCUCCCUUGCAUGGGCAGGCGUUCGGCACCAAUCCGCCACCAGUUCCCGGCUACGGCGGCACUCCCUCUGUUCCCGGCCACGGUGGCGCUCCAUCGUGGGAUUGCACCGCACUCAUGGCCGCCCUCAACAAUGCUGCAACCCCCUCGACCGUCGGUGAGUGGGUCAUGCAUUCUGGAGCCACCUCACAUAUGGCCUCCGACCCCGGACCUUCGCACCAAGGCCGUGAUUCUUCGUUGCAAUAGCCUCGGCGACCUCUACGUCUUCCCAUCCGCGGUCCUCAACCACCACGCCCAUGGACUCCUCGCCACCACCACCACCGAGCUAUGGCAUCGUCGCUUAGGUCACCCGGGACGUGACGCCAUGUCCCAACUAUAAGAAUUCCUUUAUCUCAUGUAAUAAAGCAGCCACACAUGUUUGUCAUGCAUGUCAACUUGGCAAACACGUGCGCUUGCCCUUCGCUAGGUCUACUUCAAUAA